AAACAUCAGCCCUUAUCACAAUAUCUCUCUCUCUCUCUCUCUCUCUCUCUCUCUCUCUCUGCUGCUUCUUGCUCUUCCAACGCAUAAAUAGAUAGCCACCCAAUCCGUCCAAGCUCACGAGAUCCAUAGAUCAUCAAAUAUUUCACCAUAUCACAUUGGUGUGGGGAGGAAAAGGAACCCAAAGCGUGAAGUUGUGAUGAUGAUAAAGCCGGCGGUCGGUGCAAUGGACCAGAACGUUAAGAGCAGGCAGCAGCAGCCGAUGAAGAGAUCACUGGGUCAGGCGAGCUCGAGGAAGGGGUGCAUGAGGGGGAAGGGCGGCCCGGAGAACGCUUUGUGCACCUACAAGGGCGUCCGCCAGAGGACUUGGGGCAAGUGGGUGGCCGAGAUACGCGAGCCCAACCGCGGCGCCCGCCUCUGGCUCGGCACCUUUGAUACCUCGCACGAGGCUGCUGUCGCCUAUGAUGCCGCCGCCCGCAAGCUCUAUGGGUCCGAUGCCAAGCUCAACCUCCCCGAGCUCUAUGCCAACAACAACUAUGAUAACGACGGUACCAUCGGCGUCGGUAUCAGUGCUAACAGCUGUGAAUCGCAGUCUCUCCUUCAAUAUCGACCCAUUGGCGGGUCCCAAAUCGGCCUGAUAGUCCACAUGGCGGGUUCUAACAUUGCGACAGAAUACAACCCGGUGCCCUCAUCCAUCAUAGGAGAUCACAACUGCCAAAUCAGUUCGACUUCAAGUUCAGGUCCAGCCACGAGCUCAGUGAUGUUGCAGAAUAAUAGUCCGAGGCUCGCCAAUGGGAUCAAGGAGGAGUUCGAUGGAAUAUUGGGGGACAUGAGCAUGAACCUGCCGGUGCUAGAUGAGUCCAUAUGGGCCGAGGCGGCAAUGUCCGUCGAUUUCCCCCCGGUCAUGGCCGAUGUGAUCUCCCCUUUUGAAGGCGGCAAUUUCGUGGACGCGAAUAAUUGCAUCAACAACAACACCAAUAACAAUAAUAAUAAUAUCGCCGGAUGGGAGAAUAUGCAUUCCCCAUGGUGCAUGUGAACAAGCUCCAAGGUCGACAUGAACAUAUAUGUUCAUAUAUAUGUAUAUACAUAUAUAUUCACUGAUAGAUAUAUAUAUAGCCAUUGUAUAAUUUUAGAGAUAUCAUAUAUGGUGAAUACAUACAUAUGUGUAUUGUAUGUAUAUAUGGGGAUAAAGUAAAUGUUGAACACGUGCGCGAAAGCCAUGUAGAAGACGCGCACAUGGACUAUGUUGUCGGACAGAGCCCCCAUUAGUUGCGGCUCUCAUCCUUCAUUAUAUGUAAUUAAAGCCGGUUGAUUCGAAGUACAAUUCAGUUGUCCUUAAGGAUACACUGUUUUCAAUCA